AGUAUUGUCCCGCAUGCCCGCGGCUUGUACUUGCAUCUCUGUGUCCCCAUGACAACACCGCCUGUCCUGUGCUUGGUGAGGGCAGAUCCGGAUUGACCAAUCAGAUUGAGAAGGCCGCUGCCCAUGCAGGCAGAGUUGUCAUGGGGACAUUUUUUUUAACUUCCUUUUCUUCUUAUCUUGUAGGUGUCGGAGAAGAACAGUGAUGAAGUGACGGUCGUCCGCCAUGUCGGAGGCGUCCUCUCUCUCUGUACAUGAAUGGCUCCAGAGUAUAAAGCUGGACCAGUACGGCGACCUCUUCGAGAAGCACGACUAUCGCACGCUGUCGGACGUGCGGCACCUGAGCGACGAGUCUCUGAGCGCCCUCGGGAUCUACCUCCCGGGACACCGGAAGCGCAUCCUGGCGUCACUGCAGAAGUCGGUAUCUCGGGAUCAGUCCCCGGAGACCGCCGCGUUCAGACCCAUCCCGAAGAAGCGAAACAUUCUUCCCAAGUCCGUGUCCGAACAGCAGGCGCCAUGUCCCAAUCCGGAGCUGUUCCGAAGCAUUUCCUCCCCUCCUCCCAUCCCUCCGAGAAGCGGCCAUGGACCCCCACUCAAGUUCUCCGUCAGCCCCCCCAAAUCUGUUUCUCCAGUGUUUGUGCCGGAAGGCGCCACGCAGCCCCCCCGCAGCCCGGCCACGCCAGUGCUCCGCUCUCCAUCCUUCCCGUUCAUUUAUGAUGAUACAGCAUUUAUGGAGAGUGAUGGAAGCAAAGAGGAGGUCCCACAGGUGGUGGCUCCGCCCCUACCCCAAAAACGCCACAAGAUUGAAAACAUUAGCAUCGCUAGGAGCCGCCCGCCACUGCCGGCCAGACCAUUGAAGCCCGCACCUCCACAACCCAGCUCUUCUCCCUUAUUGGACGAUCCCAGAGUUGAGGAGGAUCCCGUCUUCCCGGUGAUCUCCCUCCCGGUGCCGCCCCCCCGAGUGUUUCCCAGGGAUCCGUCUGUAUCGCCAGUCCAGGCACCGCCGCGCAGCAUUAUCAUCCCUCAGAAGCCGGAGAUACGAGAACCCAACCCAGGAAACAUCUACGAGCUGAGCCGCGAUAUCAAUGGAAUUGUUCUCAGCGGGUUUCGGCAGCUGAACGUUAACUCAGGGACCGAUGAUGACGACAACAUGGCGGAGGACGGCUCUGCGGACUACGAAGACAUUCAGACUGUGUAA